AUGUCUUCAAAGUCAAGAACUUUGGUGCUCAUUAUUAAGUACUUACACAAUUAUCCAUUAAAGAAUGCCUACUCAGUAAACGAGUUUGAAAUGAACAAUGAAGACAUAGAAUCCUAUCAACUCAUUUUGAAACAAAUUGUCAAAACAAAUAAUGCAAAACCCUUUUCUUCAGUCUUCUGA